AGUUCUAUAAUCGCUUUUCCGCUCCGCGUCUUCGUCGUUUCGCCGAUACGAGAAACGAGAGGGAAAGCAGAAGAAAAAGAAGAGGAAAGAGGAGGAAGAGGAGGGGGCAGAAGAGGUCGUCUUCUUCCAUCGCGUAUAGGUUCGAGUUGUUCGUGAUCUCGGCAUCGCCGUCCGGGUUCCGAGUGGCAGUAGGAGCGGCUGCGGCAGCAGGCUAGAUCUCGAUCCAGAAAACUAUCUUUCGCGGACAAUUGUUCUUCUCACUUUCUUCCUUUCCUCUCCCUUUGCGUUUUACGGGGUGAUUAGUCGGUGGAAGAGGCAGGCGGCGAUGGCGAGCUGGAGGUACAAGGCCGGGUUGUUUCUCAUCCUCACGGUGGUCGUUAUCUGGGUCGCCUCAGCCGAAGUCACGCAGGGUAUAUUUACUGAUUAUCAACAACCAUUUGCUGUCACUUACUUGGGAGCUUCCCUUAUGGUUGUUUAUCUGCCAUUAUCUUUUCUCAGAGAUUGGGUGUGUAGUUUACUGAGAAAACACUCUUCCAGAAGCAAUAAGUCAUCAUCUGGAAUUAACUCUUCUCCAAAGAAUAGUCCAAGGAUUGUAGAAAUGGAAGCACAAUCUCUUUUAGCAAAAAAAGACAGUGAAAUUGACCUUUCAGCACGAGAAGAGGAACAAUCACUAAUAUCUCAUAUUAAAGAUGAUGUGAAUAUUGAAGUCCUGAAGGAAAGAAAGGCAGUCACCACUAAGGAGAUCAUAACAUACGCAAUCUAUCUUGCCCCUAUUUGGUUUGUGACAGAGUACUUAUCAAAUGCCGCACUUGCAAGAACCAGUGUGGCAAGUACGACUGUGUUAUCAUCGACAUCAGGUCUCUUUACUCUUUUUGUUGGCGUAUUUCUACGACAAGACUCCUUGAAUAUGUCCAAAGUGGUUGCUGUAUUCAUUUGCAUGGCUGGCGUAGUGAUGACUACAUUUGGCAAGACUUGGGCUACAGAUGAAUCAGAUCUUAGUGCCGCUAGCAAUGGAAAGCGGUCUCUUGUAGGGGAUCUUUUUGGUCUUCUUUCAGCUAUGAGUUAUGGUCUAUUUACUGUGCUUCUAAAAAAGUUUGCUGGUGAGGAAGGAGAAGGAGUCGAUGUCCAGAAGCUGUUUGGAUAUGUUGGACUAUUUACACUCGUAGCUUUGUGGUGGCUUGUGUGGCCAUUGACUGCACUAGGGAUCGAGCCCAAAUUCAGAAUACCACAUUCUGCUAAAAUGGACGAAGUCGUGCUUGCUAAUGGCUUUAUCGGAAGUGUUCUUUCAGAUUACUUCUGGGCACUGUGUGUCAUAUGGACCACGCCUUUGGUAGCUACAUUAGGCAUGUCACUUACAAUACCACUCGCUAUGGUAGCCGAUAUGAUGAUUCACGGUCGACACUAUUCGGCAGUCUACAUCCUCGGCUCAACUCAGGUUUUUGCUGGGUUUGUGAUAGCCAAUCUGUCCGAACGACUAUCCAGAUUCAUAGGUUUCUAGCAUUUUUACAAAAAAAAAAAAAAAGGAAAAAUGGUCGCGAUAAGGUGAUUCUUUACCGAGGAAUUCUUUGUAUUCAUAUCGAGAAGUCAAGAAAUUGGAAGUGACCCACGAUUACCUCUCGCAUUUGGUUUUGCUUCUGAAAACAAUUGUAAACGCUCUCAUUUUGGAUUUAAGUUGGACAAUUGGGGAAGAACUAAACACAAGUUUAUCAAGAGGUUUGUUACUGCUGUUCUCAAUUUCCAGUACUGUAGAACUCUAUUUUCUUCAAUGUAUAUAGAUUCCAUGAAGGAUUCUAUGUAAGUUUAAAUAGCUUUAUUUUUUGUCUUAAAUUAUGAUUCGCCUGUGGAAGUU